CCAAAACUCAAACUCUGUUUUACAAACAAGGAAAGACUCCUCUCCUCCCCUGCCUCCAGCACCACAAACGACCGCCAACAGCGAAAAAUGAAGACACACAACUCCUCCUCCUCCUCCUCCUCCUUUUCCGAAACUACGCCGGCCGGCCACCAGAAUUCUUUUUCAGCCUACGCCCUCUCCAAAUCUGCAGCAGCCCACUCAACAGGAGACACCUUCGACAUCGACGACGAACCCACUCUCCACUUUCCUUCUAUUUCUACCUUUGUCGCUCCUCCACCUCUUCCACCAUCCACUAGAGACUCUGCCAACCACAACAACUCCGCCAAGUUCAAAUCUCCAUCACAUCCUUCUCGUCGUCAGUCGAGGCGGGUGGACUUAGCGGCGGCUCGGAGAGACUACGAGCAGUGCAGAACAGAGGCCCUGAAAACAGAGCUCAAAACUAGGCUGAAUUGCUCCAUUGUGAGGCGACUGAAGGAGCUGUCAGAGAUGGAAGCGACGAGCAACGUGGGCAUUGAGAUUGCCGACUCGGUU